AUGAAUUAAGAGGAUAAUUAGAGUCAGGAUAGUAUUAAUGAAAAACAAAUAGAAAAUAAUCUCAAAGACUUACUUGAGAGAAUAUUGCUUAAUGCUGAUAAAUUCAUUGAUACUAAAGAAGAACUUAAUUAAAUAGAGGGAUAACUUAAAGAUUAUGAAAAUUUAUCCCAUUUGAUUGGGAUUAUAAAAGCAGUAUUUACUAAUAUGAUGAUGAAAGUAGAAAAAAAAAUGUCGUAAGUAGUUAAAUUUAACACUAAUAAAGCAAAUUAGAAAAAUAAAUAGAUCCUAAUUAUUCAUAAACAUAUAGUAUGAGGACAGAUGAAGAAUAUGAUAAAUUAGAAUAAACAAUGAUAAAAUAUGAAGUAGAAAUACGUAAUCACAUAAGAGUAAAAAAUAAUUUUCAUUAAAGGUUGAACAACAAUUAAAAUUAUAUGCUGAGUCAAUUUAAACUAAAUUAGAUGAAAGUGAAAUGAAUAGAACUGAAUUAUUAAAUACAACAAAAUAAUUAAUUAGUGUAAAAAAAUAUUCAAAUUAAUUAGAAUUUAAAAAGAGAAAAUUAAACAUAUCAUGAAGUCUAACAGAAACUUAAAAAUGAAAUUAUUCAUUUAAAAUAAAUAAUAAGUGGUUUAGAAAAAGAAAAUAGAAGAAAAUCUUUAGAUUUAAGUCAAAGAGAUCAAUUAAAACUAUAAUGUAAAGCUAAUUAAUAAUCAAUCAGUUAAUCAUAUCAACUAUAAAGUAGAUGAUAAUAAUAAAAUUAGAAUAAAACCAUGAAAAAUCUUUCUAAGAAUAUAAAGGAAAUAUAAAAUAAAGUUAGAAAUGCAUCACAACAACAGAUAAUAAUGAGAUACCAAUUAAUUCUUAAUAAUCCUUGAAAUAAAAUUAUUAUAAUAUUAUCCAUCAAGGAAAUAUAGCAAAUAAAGCUGAAAUAUAAAAAGUUACUUAAUAAAAGGAAAUUUAUAGAGGUUAUGGAUAAAGAUUAAAAAGCAAAAAUAAUUCACUAUCAAACAUACAAGAUGUAAUAUAAAGUGUUUCAGUACAAGAUAGAAAAAAAGUUUUAAAUAGCUAAACUAUUUCAAAAAAUAGCUCAUAAGAUAAUAGUUAAGUAAUUAAAUUUAAAGGUAUUAUUUUAAUAUAGAUUUUAUUAAGAAUCUGGAGAUUUGAGUAGAAGUAAAAGCUCAAGAAGAGCUAAUUUAGGAUAAAAAUUGAUUAUUGUAGAAUCUUAAAUCAAAUUAACAUGUUGA